AUGCCGAGAGGUUUUGAUUUCUGGUUCGGAAUUGAUCUGAACGAGCCAGCUGACCAAGAUUUUGCUCCUGGAAGCAAUGACAAUGAAGCUGGAUCAUCUCAUGCUCAUCCGGUUUGGGAAGGCACUCCUGACCAAGGUUUUGUUCCUGGGAGUAAUAGCAAUGCUGCAGGAACAUCUCAUGGUGGUCCUAAUUGGGAAAAUGUUGAUGCAACUGGGCCAUUUGGUCCAUAUUCGGCUGGUCAGAGUAGUGAUGCACAAGUCGACCCGAAGGACACUUCGGACAGAGGCACUAACGCCGGAUCAGGUUUCCAGACAGGUGUGACUUUACCAAGUGAGGACAGUGGUGAGGAAGGUGAAGUUCAGUCAACACCAGAAGGGUUUUCCCCCAAGACACCAUUUCUUGGCAUGAAAUUUGACACCUGGGAAGCUGCUCUGUCACAUUACAAUAGGUAUGCGCAUCAUGUUGGCUUCUCCGUUAGGAUUGAAUCAUCUAGGAAGUCUACAAAAGAUGGAGAGAAAGACAAAUGCUUGUUUGUUUGCAACAAAACGGGGAACAAUUCAUUACCACCUACUCCUGUCAAGAUUAGAAACCGAGCUAUCACAAAAUUGGCAGAUUGCAAGGCAAAAAUGAGGAUUAAAAGAUCUGGUGCCAGAUGGGAAGUUACUCAGUUUGUCGAGGAGCAUACGUAUGAAUUUGUUGAGAAAUUUGCUCUGAAAAAAUUCUUGAGGUCGCACAACAAAAUUCCAAAAGAAGAGAAGAAGUUCAUUGAUUUGCUAAGUAAUGUAAAUCUCAGUUCGGGAAGGAUUAUGCAAAUCAUGGCGGAAUUAUAUGGAAGCAAGCAGAAUGUACCUUACAGUACUAAAACCAUUAGCAAUUACAGAGCCCAACAUAGUGAAGAGCGGAAAAUCAAAGACAUCCCUGAGUUGUUGAAAUACUUUGAGAAGCUAAAAGAGGAUGAUCCUAGGUUUUACUAUGACUACAAGCUAGACGAUGACAAUAGGGUUGAGAACAUCUUUUGGGUUGAUGGUGCAGCCAGAGAUGUGUACAAGCUGUACAAUGAUUGCAUAUCGUUUGACACAACCUUCAUGACUAAUCAGUAUAACAUGCCUUGCGCACCAUUCAUUGGAAUCAAUAGAUAUGGUCAGUCCAUACAGCUUGGUUGUGGUUUCCUGAGGAAUGAGAAGGUUGCGAACUUUGAGUGGCUAUUCCGGAUAUUCUUAGUAGCAAUGGAUGGUUUGCACCCUCUGAACAUCAUUACUGACCAGGAUGUAGCUAUGAGGACUGCAAUUGAAAUGGUGUUCCCUGACACCAUUCACCGGAACUGCAGAUGGCAUAUCAUGCAGAAGGUUCAGGAAAAAAUUGGUCCUAUGGCAGCCAAAAGAGAAGACUUGAGAAGAGAUUUCAAUGAUGUUAUUGACUAUAGUGUUACUGAAGAAGAAUUUGAAACUAGAUGGGCUGAGAUGAUCCAAAAACAUGAUGUUGUUGAUAAUGAUCAUUUCAAGGACAUCUAUGAUCCAAGGAAAUGUUUUGUUCCUGCUUAUUUCAUGAAGCGCUUUUUCCCAUUCUUGCAAACAACAGCUCGCAGUGAAGGGUUUAAUGCUGUUUUGAAGCAGUACAUAAGCCCACGCGAAAGCCUACUUAAUUUCUUCAAGCAGUAUAUGAAAUUACAAGAGAAGAUUGAUUCUGCUGAGGAUGGGCAUGAUUUCAUGGGAAUGGAUAAAGUUGUCAGGUUGUGGGGAGAUUUUCCAAUGGAGGAUCAAAUUUUGCAGACCUACACUCUACCCAUCUACAACAUUUUCCAGCUGGAGUUGCGGAAGAUAACAUCCUACAAUGCUAGGGACUGUGGUGGUGGUGUGUUUGAGGUUUUCCCAGUGCAAGUGCGAGAGAUACCUGAGCACUACAUUCUACCUAGGUGGUCCCUACCCCCUCCUGAUAUUGUUCCAUCCAUUGUCGAGCCAGUACAGAGAAAAACAGAGAAAAUGUCUAGAAAAGACAUGAGGUUACUACGGUAUGAAAAUCUUUGCAAUGAUUUUUCAAAACUCGCGGUUGGAUUGGCAGUUUCUGAGAAAACAAAAGAAAUAGCAGACAAGCACAUGAUUGCAAUGAGCAAAGAACUAGCUGCUUUGAAGAAAGCUAAUGCAGAUGCACUGAAGAGGAGGAAAAACAAGUCAGUUGCAACUGAAGAUAUUUCAGAUUCUUCUCCCUUUGAGGGAAGAAUGGAUGAAGAUGUUUCUCAAUCUAGAAACAAGAAAGCAAAAGACCCCCCUGUUACUGCAGCUAAAGGAAGACCAUGCAGUAAAAGGAAGAAAGGUGGACUCCAGCCAAAGAAGCCUAACCCAACUACUUGUAGUGUUUGUGGUGAAAUAGAUCAUGAUGCAAGGAAUUGUCCAGUAAGAUUGGCAAAUCCAGAGAAAUUUCCUUUUCAUCAAUUUUUCCAGUGA